GGCGGCGCAUGCGCGGCCCUCGGGCUACCCGGCUCCGCCCCGCGCGCACUAUUUAAUCCCAGAAUCCCUCUGUGUCCCACCAAACGGCCGCAUAGUUCCUAGGCUGCGGAGGCCGGGCGCGGCAGCGUCAAGAUGGCGGCUGCGGCUGUGGCGGCGGCGGCGGCGGCGGCCGCGGCUGCAUCUCUUCAGGUGCUGGAGAUGGAGAGCAUGGAGACGGCCGCUGCCGGCUCGGCAGGCCUGGCCGCCGAGGUCCGAGGCAGCGGCACGGUGGACUUCGGGCCUGGGCCAGGGAUCUCUGCAAUGGAGGCGAGCGGGGGCGAUCCGGGCCCAGAAGCCGAGGAUUUCGAGUGCAGCUCUCACUGUUCAGAGCUGUCCUGGCGGCAGAACGAGCAGCGACGCCAGGGCCUCUUCUGCGACAUUACCCUGUGCUUCGGCGGGGCUGGAGGCCGCGAGUUCCGGGCCCACCGCUCGGUACUGGCUGCCGCCACCGAGUACUUCACGCCCCUGCUCUCGGGCCAGUUUUCCGAGUCCCGCUCGGGACGGGUGGAGAUGCGCAAGUGGAGCUCCGAGCCGGGGCCCGAACCCGACACUGUGGAAGCCGUUAUCGAGUACAUGUACACCGGGCGCAUCCGCGUCAGCACGGGCAGCGUGCACGAGGUGCUGGAGUUGGCCGACAGGUUCCUACUCAUUCGUUUAAAAGAAUUUUGUGGAGAAUUUCUCAAGAAAAAACUUCAUCUCUCAAAUUGUGUGGCAAUUCAUAGCUUAGCCCACAUGUACACCCUGAGCCAACUUGCUCUGAAGGCUGCUGAUAUGAUACGGAGAAAUUUCCACAAAGUGAUUCAGGAUGAAGAAUUUUAUACGUUACCUUUCCAUCUCAUUAGAGACUGGCUUUCAGAUUUGGAAAUUACAGUUGAUUCUGAAGAGGUUCUCUUUGAAACCGUUUUGAAAUGGGUUCAGAGAAAUGCUGAAGAGAGAGAGAGAUACUUUGAAGAACUUUUUAAAUUGCUCAGGUUGUCCCAGAUGAAACCUACCUACCUUACUCGACAUGUCAAACCAGAGAGGCUGGUAGCCAAUAAUGAAGUUUGUGUCAAGUUGGUGGCUGACGCAGUGGAGAGACAUGCUCUGAGAGCUGAGAAUAUACAGUCGGGCACAUGCCAGCACCCCACUUCUCAUGUCUCACUAUUGCCUCGUUAUGGGCAAAACAUGGAUGUGAUCAUGGUUAUUGGAGGUGUGUCAGAAGGAGGGGACUAUUUAAGUGAAUGUGUGGGAUAUUUUGUUGAUGAGGACAGAUGGGUAAACCUGCCACAUAUUCAUAAUCACCUCGAUGGACAUGCUGUUGCAGUAACAGAAUCCUACGUGUAUGUUGCUGGAUCAAUGGAGCCAGGGUUUGCUAAAACUGUUGAAAGGUAUAACCCAAAUUUGAAUACUUGGGAACAUGUUUGUAGUCUGAUGACAAGAAAGCAUUCUUUUGGACUAACAGAAGUCAAAGGGAAGCUCUAUAGCAUUGGAGGACAUGGCAACUUUAGUCCUGGUUUUAAAGAUGUGACUGUUUAUAAUCCUGAGCUUGAUAAAUGGCACAACUUGGAAUCGGCACCAAAGAUUCUUCGAGAUGUCAAAGCACUAGCCAUUGAAGACCGGUUUGUAUACAUUGCUGCCCGCACUCCUGUAGACCGGGACACUGAAGAUGGAUUAAAGGCUGUAAUUACUUGCUAUGAUACAGAGACUCGACAGUGGCAAGAUGUGGAAUCUUUGCCCCUUAUUGACAAUUACUGCUUUUUCCAAAUGUCUGUGGUCAAUUCAAACUUUUAUCAGACAGCAUCAUGUUGUCCCAAGAGUUAUUGUUUAGAAAACGAAGAAGCCGUAAGAAAAAUUGCCAGCCAAGUGUCUGAUGAGAUCCUUGAAAGCUUGCCUCCAGAAGUCCUAAGCAUCGAAGGAGCAGCCAUUUGCUAUUACAAAGAUGAUGUCUUCAUUAUAGGAGGCUGGAAAAACAGUGAUGAUAUUGAUAAACAGUAUCGGAAAGAAGCCUACCGAUACUGUGCUGAGAGGAAGAGGUGGAUGCUUCUUCCUCCUAUGCCACAACCUCGUUGUAGAGCCACUGCUUGUCACGUGAGGAUCCCAUACCGGUACUUGCAUGGCACACAGAGAUAUCCUAUGCCUCAAAACCUGAUGUGGCAGAAGGACCGCAUCAGACAGAUGCAAGAGAUACAUCGUCACGCCCUGAACAUGCGGCGAGUGCCAAGCUCUCAGAUAGAAUGCUAGGUUCUCUCAAAUGUGCCAAUUAAAACUGUUAUACCCGUUUCGUGAAGCUGAAGAUAUCCAGGCUGUUACUUGAAAAAGUAUGUCGAUAACUUAUUUUCUACAUGAACUGAUUAUUACCCCAUAUAAAGGAAAUAUAGUUAAAAACUAAAGAAUGGGAGACUCAGUUCAAUACAUGGUCAUUUUGUUAGCUUGCAA